UCUUGCGUGCGUGAGAGAGAGCGAGAGAGAACGCUACGUUGAUUCGUAUACUUCCAUCAAUGGCGAUGUCUCCGGCCACAACUCUUCAGCGGCGGUGGAGACUUCCCAACUUCACUCCAACUAUAACGGCCUUAACAUCUCUGAAAUCGAUCUCUUUUUCUCCUUCUCUUAAACCUAAACAUGGCGCCCUCUCCUGUUCCACGGAUUCUAUCAACCACAGUCCCCAAGAAUCGUCAAAAGGAGGCCAUCUGAAACCAGGCUUGUAUUUGGUUGGAACACCAAUUGGGAAUCUGGAAGACAUCACUUUUCGCGCUCUUCGUGUUUUAAGAUCAGCCAAUGUGAUACUUUCAGAAGACACAAGGCAUUCAGGAAAGUUGCUACAACAUUAUGAUAUUAAAACUCCCCUUUUGAGUUAUCACAAAUUCAAUGAAUCUCGAAGAGAACAGACAGUACUAAAAAGAUUAAGAGAGGGGGAUCUUGUGGCACUUAUCAGUGAUGCAGGGACACCAGGCAUCAGUGACCCUGGUAUGGAAUUGGCAAAAUUAUGUGUGGAUGAAAAUAUUCCAGUUAUACCCAUCCCUGGUCCUUCUGCUUUGGUAGCUGCUCUUUCUGCCUCAGGCUUGGCCACCAAUGAAUUUACUUUUGUUGGAUUUCUCCCUAAACAUGCUGGAUCAAGGAGAGAGAGGCUAACAGUUUCUGCAAAUGAAGCAGCAACACAGGUAUUCUUUGUUCCUCCACACAAGCUUCAUCAGUUUCUUGAGGAAACUUCUUCACUCUUCGGUGACACGAGACGAUGUGUCAUAGCCCGCGAAAUGACAAAAAUACAUGAAGAGUUUUGGCGCGGUACACUGGGGAAAGCAAAAGAAGCAUUUUCAAAUCACCAUCCUAAGGGAGAAAUUACACUCUUGAUUGAAGGAAAGGAAAGUUGUGUGGUUGAAAAUCCAUCAGAGUUUCAACUCGAAAACGAAUUGGGAGAUUUGAUCUCCAAAGGGCAUAGUCUUUCUAUGGCAGUUAAACUAGUGGCUGAAGGAACAUCGAUGAGAAGAAAAACAAUAUAUUCGCUUGCAUUGAGGAAAUUUGGAAAGCAACUUGAGGCAGGGGAUGAUUCAAAUUAACGCAAAUCAUACUACACAUUGCUUCUGAUCUUAUUUUCCAUCCUGAUGGUGGGUGACAGCGUCUCACAUGACAACUAUAAAAAUCACCUGACAGGCGUUGGAGGUGGAGGCGGUGAUGGAUGUGGGGGUGGCUGCUGCAUGCAUUCUAUGCAAUCAGCUGAUAGCAUAAAGGAUGUUGCCUUCUUUUUAGUUAUCACAGUGCAAGCAUGCUUGAUGGGAUAUCCAGUUGGAGGGUGAAAAGGCUUCAAGUGGACUUUGUGCCAAAUCUUGUUGCAAAGUUCUAUGAGACUGUCGUGGUUCAUGACGAAUGAUCAGAUAUAAUUGUCUCGGACCAGGUGCGUUGGAACAUUUGAUGAAUCAAAACUAUGUUCAGUUAAUCACUAGUAUCAAUGCCCGCGGAAAGGUGUUACCGUCAGCUAAAUCAAGAACUCAUGACCUUAAAAAAAUGUGAUUUUCAUAAUUGGGGCGAAAUGUGAAACAUUAAUAAAUUAUUUACAAAAUAAAUGUCUUUAUUGAAUUAUUUAUA